AUGGUGGCAAUAAAUGAGGAUGCUCUGCAGACUAAAUACCUGGGAGAAGAACUGGAACUUCAUUUUCAUGUUCCGCAGAGACAUGCUGAGCCACAAUUGGCGGGUCUUAAGGCAGCAACAGAAGAGGCUGUGCGAAUCUGGAAGACCAAAGUUGAACCUAAUCACUCUAGUCGCGCGACCGUCGCACAGCGAUCACCCCACUCACCCGCCAUCGGUCGACAGGGUGCUCGUAGAUUUUUGCUCGGUAGGAUAAUAGAUGACGUCUGGACCAACCAACCUCGCGAUGACAACGACAAUGACAAACGCAUCCCGCCUAUCCGCACCGUCUGGGAGAAGAGUUUCCCCCUGGGCGUGAGCUUGGUUCUCAGCCAGGGCGCUGGCAGUCUCAUCGGCGGAAUAGCGGGAUAUCUACUGUCGCGGAGGAAAGAUAAUACUAAGGCAGCAGCGGGAUGGCUCUACGUCGCAGGAACGGUAUUCUCCAUGGCGCAUUUCGUGCUUGUUCCUUGGAUCAUCGCCGCCAUCCGCCCCAUUGUCGAACCGGAUUCGCCUGAAGGAAAGAAGGCCGCCAGGAACGGCAACCGGGACAACCUCCGCCAGUGGCUUCGGGUCCAUGCGGUGCGCACGCUCGUCUCUGAUAUUCCUGCUUUCUUGUCUUUUCUCGGUGCGACGGCGGCGUAUUUCAGUUGA